AUGAGAAUUUCAGUGAUGCAGAUUCUUUCCCGACAAAACAUGGCCGAUUUCGAGGAGAACGAAGCUCCUGCUAUGUCUGAUGCAGAAAUAUCCACGCAGAUUAAGACUACAGUUAACAAAGGAGGAGAGUAUCGCUGCAAGUCAUGCGUUGAAGGAAGCAGUUGCAGGACAGUGAGGUCAAGAACGAAGCUGAUGAACGUUCUGAUCGAACGAGGACGGCCUCACGAGGUGCAAACCGUUUUCAAAACGUUGGCAGAGACAGGACACAGGCCGUCCUUGAUCACUUACACGACUCUCCUAGCUGCCAUGACGGUCCAGAAGCAGUACGGUUCCAUAAGCACUAUACUCUCGGAGGUGGAACAGAGCGGGACCAAACCUGACUCCAUCUUCUUCAAUGCCGUCAUCAACGCUUUCUCUGAGUCUGGUAACAUAGAGGAUGCGAUGCAGGCUCUGUUGAAAAUGAAGGAACUUGGUCUAAAUCCCACCACGAGCACAUACAACACGUUGAUCAAAGGGUACGGGAUUGCAGGCCAGCCUGAGAGAUCAUCCGAGCUGCUGGAUCUAAUGUUGGAGGAGAACAGUAUUGAUGUUAGACCGAAUAUAAGGACGUUCAAUGUGCUGGUGCAAGCCUGGUGCAAGAAGAAGAAUGUGGAGGAGGCGUGGAAAGUGGUGCAGAAGAUGGAAGAGUGCGGAGUCAAGCCAGACACAGUGACGUAUAACACGAUCGCAACUUGUUAUGUGCAGAAAGGAAAGACAGAGAGAGCUGAGAGAGAGGUGGUCGAGAGGAUGGUUAUGAAGGAGAAGGCUAAACCAAACGGAAGAACGUGUGGGAUAGUGGUGGGAGGGUACUGUAGAGAAGGGAGAGUGAGAGAUGGUUUGAGGUUUGUGCGGAGAAUGAAGGAAAUGAGAGUUGAAGCAAACCUUGUGGUCUUCAAUUCUUUGAUAAAAGGCUUCGUUGAGGUCAUGGACCGUGAUGGCAUCGAUGAGGUUCUUAGCUUGAUGAAGGAGUGUAAGGUGAAGGCAGAUGUAAUCACGUACAGCACCGUGAUGAACGCUUGGAGCUCAGCUGGAUACAUGGAGAAAGCUGCACAAGUGUUUGAAGAAAUGGUCAAAGCAGGAGUCAAACCAGACGCUCACGCUUACAGCAUCUUGGCCAAAGGGUACGUCAGGGCUAAAGAGCACGAGAAAGCCGAGGAGCUUCUAGAGAACAUGGUUGAAUGCAGGCCCAAUGUUGUGAUCUUCACCACGGUGAUCAGCGGGUGGUGCAGCAGCGGAAGUAUGGAUGACGCCAUGAGGGUUUUCAACAAGAUGUGCGAGUUCGGGGUCUCACCGAAUAUCAAGACGUUCGAGACGUUGAUGUGGGGUUACCUGGAAGUGAAGCAGCCAUGGAAAGCCGAAGAGGUUCUGCAGAUGAUGGGAGGAUUCGGCGUGAAGCCUGAGAACUCUACCUACACGCUGGUAGCAGAAGCUUGGCGUGUCGCGGGACUCACUGAUGAGUCGAACAAAGCGAUCAAUGCAUUGAAAUGUAAAGACAUUGAGAUCGAGAAGUUGGAGAAUCUUUACCAGAAACAGUCCUCCGGGAAUUUUAACCUAUUGCAGAUUCCGAUCGGGAAACGGGAGCUUCCAACUGCAAAAGCAAUGAAUCUUUCUGCUUGCAAACUCGGAGCUCGAGUGCCAGUUAUAUGCCAGAAGCAGUCCCAAGCCCAGUUUGGGAUCAGUGGGCAGUUCGUGCAUUCUUGUACAGUGUUUUUCUGA